UGCACUUCACUGAUGCAUUUCGUUCGCGGCGAAGCGCGCGAAAAUGCGUCGCUGAAAAAUUAUCGGUCGAUCGAAAUUGGAAAGCAGCGGGUUCGGGCAGCGCAGCUGCAAGCAAAAUAGCCGCGUCCGAUUUGCUCAUCCUUCGCGCGACACUCGAAAAAAAAUUACGGAGGUCGCGCGCCGCGGAAUCUUACCGACCUUUUUAUCACGUCUGCGGAAUCCGCGCACAAAUUAUCGUGCGCAAUCACGGCGCACUCUGACCUGUCGAGAUGUUUCCAUUUGCUACGGGCGUAUAUUCCACCGUCGCUCGUCAGUCAUCUGCGACCAUGAUGGAAUACGUGUGCUUCGACGCCCCGACGAAAACUCUGAGCUUGAAAAGAGGACCCAUACCGAAACCGGGCCCGAAUGACGUUCUCGUUCGGGUGGCCUACUCCGGUGUGUGCGGCAGUGACCUUCACGUGAUUGCGGGAAACAUGCCCUGUAAACACUGGGAGCCGCUGACCAUGGGUCACGAGUUCAGCGGCGCUAUCGAGGCGAUCGGGGCCAACGUGACAGUUUUCAAGGUCGGCCAAAAAGUCAUCGUCGACCCGAACAGUGGCUGCAAUCUUUGCAGCGAUUGCCACUCCGGCCACUAUCAACUGUGUUUGAAAGGGGGCGUCAAUAACACUAUCGGCAUGGUGAGGAAUGGAGGGUGGUCAACUCAUUGCAUCGUCCCAGAGACUCAGGUGUACGCGAUGCCGGACUCGGUGGACGCAUCGCUAGCAGCUCUCACGGAGCCGAUCUCGUGCAUGGCGCACGGGUGGGACAUGCUCAGCCCCAUACACGUUGGUCAACGUGUCUUGAUCAACGGCGCCGGUAUCAUCGGUUUACUGUGGACAUGCUCGCUCCAUCUGCACGGACUGAGAGAUACUGUCACGGUAUGCGAAACUCAAGAGAAGCGCAAGAUUAUAGUGCGUAAACUUGGGCUAGGUUACAAGGUAUGUGGCCCGGCAGACUUGAAGGACAAAGAGUUCGACGUUAUAAUCGAUUGCAGUGGAAAUGGACCCGCGAUCGAAGCGACAAUUCCUCUAUUAGCACGUGGAGGUAAAUAUGGCAUUUUCGGCAUUGCUAGUCCCGACACGCAAGUCAGCAUCAAUCCUUAUCAGAUGUACAAAAAAGAAAUUCAAAUCUGCAGUGUCAACAUCAACCCUUACACAUUUCCAAAAGCCAUUGGUUUACUACAAGCAAUGAACGAUACGUACUUGAGCUUUGAAAAAUUGGGAAUCGGAAUAUAUAAACUUUCACAAUACAAAGAAGCACUUGACGCAUUGAAGAGAGGCGAAAUAAGCAAAGCCAUGUUUAAAAUGUAAAAACUGAUUGUAUAUU